AUCUGGUCUGGUGCAAGCCUUUUAUCUUCCGGCUAGCUACGCGUUCUACGCUCAGGAAUGUCGCAGCUCGAAGCGAAAAACCGAAGGACUUGGGAGACUAGCGAGUGCCGCGAACGGCGCACUUGCAUCCGUAAACUUUGUUGGAAGCCAACUUUACGAAGGAGAAAUUACUAAGACAGGUUCGUUAUCAAUAAUCAUGCUCUGACCCAGGGUGUCGUGUGUGAGGUGGAAAUGCUGGUAAGCAACGCUUGUUGAAGCGUCAUUCUUCAGCAGGAGUAGUGUAAGAAUGCUAGUAAGCAACGCUUUUUGAAGCGUCAUUCUUCAUUACUAGUAGUAUGGGAAUGCUAGUAAGCAACGCUGGUUGAAGCAUCAUUCUUCAGUAGGAGUAGUGUCAUGUAGAUGUACUCCUUGGAAAAUGCGAUCUCACUUCAUCUUCUUCAAACUCGUCUCUUUGAUCAUUAGUGUUUGUCCUUCGGCUCCUCUAAGUAGUUGAGCAGUGGCGCACCACAACCUGGUUGGCUGCUCUCACGGCGGUCCCUUGGCUGGUUAUUUUUGGCAGAGGGUGGUAUCUCUAUCGAGGAGAGUAUCGAAAACGAACUUACGAGGAAGCAGCGCUAUCAUUAUGCACAAUGUUGGAGAUACUAGUACUAGUAAGUAGAAGUAGUAGAAGUACAGAUUCAGAUCAUAUCAGAAUAGUUUAUAUGAGAGACAGUGGGAGGGCGAAGGUGAUAUAUUAUUAUCUCCUGAUGUUGAUUUUGAUACAUUGAAGCAGAUUGUUGACCACCUUCUUUGCCCCUGCUUCCACAGUUUUUUCCUUCGGCCCUGAAAAACGUUGUUGUUGGUAGACUCUAAGAACAUCAAAGGUAGCCGCAGCACCAAUAGGAAAUAGCAGCGACCAGGAAGAUGAGAGUACAACGAAUGGCUGUAGCCAGGAUAUUCACGCAGCAAAGGGCAAGACUUCUGAUAACGACAUGGCGGAUGUUAAUGUGGUCUCAACCUCUGAAGGAGGAUGCGCAGGAGAGCCACUGGGUAGACUUGCUGAAGUGAUCGAGUCUUUUGGCUCUAUUCUGGUCGCGUGCGGACUAGCAAAACAUCACAGUGUAUGAAAUAAAAGAAAGUACUAGUCCUAUCAGGCGCCAAAAACGCGCGAGGCAUUCCAAAGAGCUGCGGCCCCUUGAAAGGCGCCAUUAGCUUGCCGCAACUCAGGGCACUCGCCUAGUUGUGGCAUCUAUCGAAUUUACAAAUUUCUAGAGCUAGUACUUUUUUUUGUGUCAUACAGUGUUAUCGCAUACUCGCGCAUGCUUGACAGCGUCGAUGCAGAUCCUUCUCCAACUCAGCAUGAAGAAGUUGAAUUUGGCCUGGAGGAUGAGCAAGAGAAGCAGGAUUCGGGGACCCUUAGUGGACCUCCUCUAGUGUCACAGCUCUCAACAUCAACGUCGUCGGGUCCCUUGGUCGUGGGCAAUCUUUGUGAGGAGCAGCAGCCGUUGGGUGCGGUUCUUCAUUUAGGUCGAAAAUCAUCUCGAAAUCAAAGCAAUAUUAAAGAGCAGGAAGACGACGAUUUUACAGACGACGACUUUACACGUAGAGAACCAACUUUACAAUUGGUACAACAACUCGGCAAGCAUACCGACGUCGACGGAGCAGAUGGGGAAGACGAUGACGGAACGUUUUCUUCCAAUAUUAACGAUUCCACCACACUAGUAAUGCACACGAAUGCUGCUAGCACUACAACAAAGAAAGGCAGCAGUGGCAAGAUCUUCACAAGUAAGACCGUUCUUGGAGGACGCCCGUUCACCACCACUUCUCCCUCUAGCGACAACCUAAGUCUAUACUCCAGCACCUCUUCGUCGACUACAUCGUCAAAGUUUGAGCGAAUAUUGACGAUUUUGCGCAAUGCGUGGCAAGAAGGCAGUAUUGUCGAGAAUCUGCCCCGCACUGUCACGGCACUGGCCAACGUAGAUCCGAGACUCGUGAUCCUGCGCGUCAUUUUCACGAAGACCUACUUAGCUGUGAUGAGCGGUCACUUUUCGCAUACAUUCAUGGCCUUCAUGCUGAUGGCCUGGUUGCCGACGUUUUUCGGGAAGGACAAUGCUUUUUACACUGGUUUUCCGUUCCUCAUAUCCAUGAUCGCAUCGCCGCUGUGGCCCGAGUACGCAAGAAGGCAACUCGAAUUAAGGGUAGGCUAAAGGUGCUUUUCUUACCGCUUUUUAUGCCUCUCCUAAGGGAGAAAGGCAUAACAAGCGGGGUAAGCGAGCACCAAAAACCUACCUCUAAUCGAAGCGAAGAAACCGCUGCUCGGCGUUCGCAAACAAGUAGGGUUUGUUGGCAUUUUUACGCCGGCCAUCGGCUUACUCCUCGCUUUGGCAUGUGGCGACGACCUACCGAUUUUGAAGACACUCUGUUUCACGUUGACGAUCGCUUCGGGCGCGGCAGCCGGAUCUAGUGUAACAGCGGCGCCGCUAGAUCUGGCCGGACGAGAACAUGCGGGGGCGCUCUUCGCUUGCUCAAACGCGGUUGCAGCUAUCCCAGGCAUUCUCGGUGUCCGCCUGGGCAAAAACAUGGCCGUUGGCGUUCUAGUAUGCGCACUGUACAAAAUUUUUGCCGCAGCCGUCUAUGUGCGAUACGUGUCCGUUGACCGUAUCAUCUAA